AUGGACACGUCCAAGCGCAUGACGGACGCGAAAGCCCCGCGCAAAGAGGUCGUCGAGAUCAAGCGCCUCGUCAAGUUCUACGCGCCCGACCGGCCGCCCCGCAAACGACUGCGUACGCUCCUGGACUUUCUCAAGCACCCGCCAGGCACGGACGCGCUGGGGGGGAACAUUGCCGUCGCUGUCCAGUCGCUCUUGUCUGGUGGCGCGUCGUCGAAAGACACGAGCAGCUCCGCGGCUGCAACCAGCGCGGGGCCCGAACACGCCGCGGCCGUCGCGGACUUUUGGGCCGACACGUCGAACGCAACGCUCGUGUUUAGCGUCGUGAGCGACUGCGUGACGGAGCUCGAGACGCUCUACGCGCCGCAUGAGACGGCGUUCCGGAAGCAGCGACGCAAGCCCCUGGAAGCCGAAGACUGGAGCGAAGUGUUUGAAGGCAUGGAGGUGCUCUUGCGCAACAAUGCUGCGCGGUUACGCGAUGGCUGGAACACGAACGGCCUCACGGUGCUCUUUGCCAAGCUACUGAAGCGGGACAACCACGCGAUGAUCAAGAAGUACGCGUUCCGCUGUCUCGCGCUGUAUACGGACGCGACGAGGAACUUGCAGCAGCUGGCGGCGAUGCCGGCGACGAGCACGUUGAGUUUCCAAGCUUCGAGAGCUGGGAGUAUUCGUCUCAUGGGAGAUGGUGUGGAGAUUGAUAUUGAUGCAGAGGAAGAGGAUACGAGGGGCGGGGGUGCACAGACACAGGCGAUACUAAGCCGGAAGAACAUGCACCUGGAGCUACUGCGCGAGAGCGUCGACUUUUCGCCGUAUGGAGGCGGCAGUAUUUUACUACCGGACAAGUUUUUGAAUGAAGGGGUACACGUGGAAGGCUGGAUGCGGCCCAUGCCGACGCAAGCUGAGGAGCCAGUGGAUAUGUUGAAGUUCCUGAUGGAUUUGAGCUUGGAACGAGAAGAUGUGCCGGGGAAACUUGCACUUGUAAGCACGACGGGUAAAUCCUCGGGCGGCAAUAGUGACCGAUUUGUGUUCUGGGCCGAGUUGAUCAUGAAGUUCUAUAUGCCUUUGUUGUACCCUAAGGUGUGUCUUAAGGUGAAGUUGAAAGAGGAAGGCGACUCGCUGGGAUUUUUCCAUCAUUGUCCGGGCAGUUUUCAGCGAGUGGUUGCGCGCUGGAUUUAUAAAUUGCGGUCGAAGGAGGAAUACAUGGAAGUGCUGUGGUCACGGCGUGAGUUCUCGGAGGUUGUCAUGGAAACUAUUCGCCAACGCUUUGCAUACCGAGACACAGAGCUGGUGGUGGAUGCCAUCAAGUUUUACUCUGGUGUCUGUACUGGAUCGCAGCACGUGCCAUCAGGCAUGAAGGCCCAAAUGAACGAGGUUUCUCGAGCCAUGAUAUCACACGUCUCGCAACUAUUUCACCCAUCCGUGCAGCUAGACGAUUCUAAGAUUUUACUGCACUGUAUUGAACUCCUCGAGCUCGUGUCCCAGCGGCGACUUGACGACUACACAUCCACUUACCUACGUAAAUUUGUGAUAUCUACAGUCGAUAAUUGUAUCAUGCUACGCGAGCCAGGACAUCGACAUGUGCUCACUGCGAUGCUGUCGAUCGUUUUGCAUGUUUGGAUGCAUUCAGCAGUGAUCGCGAAGUCUACAGGCGCACAGGUAUGGAUGGAGUUGACUAUUGCCAUUCGACGAUGGCUUGUCAAUCCUGCAGAUACCAAGGUUGUGGGUGCCGAAAUGAUAAACUGCUGGAAGCGUGAACUUCGGUUUGCAAGUUGUUUACUCAUGUAUGUGAUGGACAAGGGAUAUUCGUAUUUGAAAGUCACGCCGGAAGGAGCCUUCUUACUGCCUCAGAGUGAUGGCGGAGGAAAGAACGAUAGGGCUCCGGGAAGCGGUAAAACACUGCGGGAGACGAAGCAGGGAUAUCUUCAGUCGUCAGCCAAUUUUUUGAUGAUGACAGUGGUAGAUACACCUGGCGCUACGCUGCUGCUUGACCGUGUACUGCACCUUAUUCCUCCUCCAGCGGUGUCGGCUCUGACGCCAUCGAUGCAUCUGAAUGUGACUGAAGGUAUGCUACAGCUCGUGGAACUCUGGAUUGAAUCAGCCAUUGAGGCACGCCGAAGCCCGUCUUCGGAGCUUCAGCGAAUUAGUCCGUCGACGGUUCUUGCGUUGUUUGGCGAGUGGUUCUUGCCAGCAUGCGAGCUGGAUGCCGGAGAUUUCCAACCGUCCCGGUGCGUAGCAAUCGUGGCACUUUGCAAACUCUGCUCAGUACGCUGUGUCAACUCGAUUACUCGCAGCCAUCUCACCGUCGUGGCUCGUGUCCUCUUUAAAGGAAUUACCUCUCCGUCAGGAUUGGUUGUUUCUACUGUGCUGCAAAAGUCGUCAAGCGUGUUUUCUAUGAACCUCGAAGGCCUGAACAUUCUUGUGCCUGCAUAUUUGUAUGCUGUCGAUGCAAUCGUGAUCGGCAACAUCUGGACUCGAGCCGCGAAGUCAAAAGUAAACGCGUCGGACUGGAACAACGAGCUCAAUGCGGCGCUCGACGUGGUUUUCGCCAUCUUGGAGCUGCCCAAGCGAUUUCCAGGUCAGGAUUUCGUACGUUGGAAAAAAAAGAUCCAAGGUGUUUGCGGCAUUGAUGAGCUCGCAGUGGUGCAGGGUAUAAUUGGAGAAUUUCCGGAGGCAUUGGACGAUUUCCAUGUGAUCAUUGGACGUAUUCUAGUUCGUAUCGCCCAGCUUCCAUUUACCGAUGUCGUAAACAUCAAAAAGCGUGCGUUAUGGGGUUUGUAUUGCCUCCUUGUGAUGAACCUAAAACCUGACGAGACCGGAGAACAUGUAGUGGAUCCGAUUAAUCUUUCGGAGUGGGUUGUCCACCUCGUGGACGUAUGCCAAAAUGUGGAUUUUUCUAUUUCUACAACCGCACUCACUAUUCUGCAGGACAUGUCCGACUACCACGAGGAGAUCAACGCGUUUGAGCCGUCUUUGGUGGCACGAAUCGUCAUGACGCUGGCAGUGUUCGCCCAGCAACAGGUUGAGGAAGCCUCGAUUGAGGUACAGGCAGCGAUGGAGCGCAUGGGUGCAGCCAAUGCAUUGGGUGAGAGCGACAGCUCUGCUACCAAGUCCGCUUCGUUCACUGGGUCGAGUCUUGCAAGCGGAACACAGCUCUCGUCCAGUGGAGGUGGGCGUCGUGGUAGCGACAAUUCUAGGGCUAGUCGUGUGGAGAGCCCAAGUCCGGGUAACCCCACGGAAGCCACAGAUGCGUUCAGUAAAUUGAGAAGCAAGUUGAAGCCUGGGACCCCAAACGCUCCAUCAUCUGCGCCUUCCCCUUCAACAGACGGCCCUGCUAGUGCUCCAUCAUCUUCGGUGGCUGGCCACCGAGAGCAAGACAUUCCGGCCCUUCGCCUGAUUGUACAGAAAACUAGCGCAAUUUUCGAGUGUCUUCGUUUCUGGAUAAUGCACCGAGCUGAGGUGCUUCAAGAUGUGGAUGUGAAGAAGUUGAUAUUCAGCGCAAUUGAAGCCGCCUUGGUAGGCACACUGCCAGACGGAGAGUGGCAACGCGAGGUAGAACGUGCACGUACACUUGAGCGGCGCAUGUCAAUGCCGCUAUUGUUUUUGGGUUUGCAGAUGCGUGCAUCACUUGACAAUGAGCCUGGUCAUGCAUGGCUGAAGUGCUUUGAAGAGACUGCAGUUGCUGCUGAGGGACUUCUGAUGCACUUGCUUCACCAUAUCAACGGGUUCCCGUCACCUGCAGGCGUUGAUCAGAUGAUAUCGGAUUGCUCGGAGCUGUCCAAAUUGGAUGUCGCGCGCGAUGGUGAGGACGACGAGACGCCGACUGGUGCGUUGAGCUUUGUUUUCAUGGAUUCAAUCGUGUUCAGCGUUGUUGGCAGUCUUGAUUCGCCAUGCGCGCGGUUUAUUGUAAGAGAUAUGACGGGUCUGUUUACGUGGGAGAUAACACCAGCAGAGGUGACUCGAGGAAGCCAUUCUCUUACCGAAGAAGUUUCAGUCGCAAGUAGCAGUGCACCUGUAGAAAGAGAACUGAUGCUCGAGACGGAUGUGGAAGAGACGGAGACAAAGAUGCUGACACUACACAGACCAACUGGUGCUGUGCAGGUAAAAUUUAAGGCAUGCGAUGACGUUAACGUGAUGUGCAAGACGUGUGGUGGAGAAAAGCCUCCGACAAAGCCUGCUUCGUCUGACGCGAAAAGCGGGCGUACUCUGAUAAAGCUUGAGGCCUGCCAGGUCUCUUGGGAGCAGGAGCGAGAUACGCUUUCCAACAAUGUAUGCCCAGUAAAGAGUACGUACGUGUUUCAUGACGAUGGGACGGUAUCUGCGAGUGCAAGUACCAAAGACAGUGGUGAGUCGAAAAAGAAAGACAAGUCGCGCUCAUCUGAGAUUGAAAAGAUGCCAGUCGGUGGAAAUAAAGACGAUCGUCAGGAGCGGCUGGAGCGCAUCGCAAAGCAGAAUGAGGAGCGCAAUGCCACGGGCGCCGCAGCACAGCCUGGCCCGGAACCGCACAAGAUGGCAUGCCAGUGUCCGCUGCAAACGGAAUCAAAGUUCAAGCGCCGUACCACGACUACUAUCUGUGGUCUCUUCGACAUGUCGAUAAACGAGCCGAAUGUUGGCAGUCUAGACGAUGAACGGUGUCUACUGGAUCUUGUGCUUGAUAGCGUUCCUAUGGUGUUCCGUGAUUGUGGUGGUGAUACGACUGACAAGACCCUGUUGGGUGGGCGCUAUUCGAUGAUGCGGUACAACCUUGUGGACUUGUCACCCCCUUUGAGCCCUCUUCUGAUGGAUUCGGCCGAAGCUCCUGGAUUCUCAUUUUUACAGCGGCUUAUUCAUGAUGAAGAGUGUUAUUCACAGCUGAGGAAUUUCUUGAUAAAAGAUGAAAAUGUCGAGGGAAAAGAGCUUGUAGACUUUUGUGAUGCAGUCAAGAAAUACGAGCGCUCGUCGGUCCCGACAGAUCGUCUCGGUCAGGCUAGUGUCAUUUAUUGGGAAUUUCUGACCGUUGAAGGAGGUAAAAAGAUCACUUUUCCACCCGCUGUCGUCAUGGAUGUUCAGACUCAAAUUCACAAAGCCCAGGCUGUCCUUAGAGUAGCGGCACGAGACUCGUCUGGUCCUGCGUUUUCUCUCCCUGGCUCACUGUUUGAGCGCGCCAUGGCGUUCGUCGAGUACGAAUGCUUUAGCAAGUCAGGUUUACUUGACAAGUAUGUGGCAGCGCUGGAUCAACCGCCAGCAGCUUCGACAGCGGCUAGUAACGGCAAAAACUCCAGUUUGCCGUCGAUUCCACCUCAGCUUGCACUUUUCGAUGCGUUCUCGAUAAUGGAAGUUAAUGCCAGAGUAUCUCAUUUAGCCCUACAGAAGCGCAACGCGGACGAGCAAUUGAUGCGAAUGACGAAGCCUGGGGUGAUAGCGGCGGAGCGAUUAAUUGAAACCUCGCAGGGCGGCCUAAAGGAUAGUCGUGUGAGUGCUCUUGAUAUAUGUCGGUUGUUCCUGUCACAGGCCGGACUGUUGCCCUCCUUUGAUGGCGAUUCGAAGAAGAACUCGACACUUAAGCUGCUUGAGAAUGGGCCAAAACUGGAGCGGUCACUGAAGCACUUGGACAAGAGCCCAACACGCGAGACCAUGAAGAUUGGUGUGAUAUAUGUGGACAAAAACCAGUACACUCAGCAGGAAAUUCUCCACAAUGAGAAGGGCAGCCGCGCUUACGAGAUGUUUUUGUCGCAACUUGGCUGGAAGGUGAAUAUGCAGACCCAUCGUGGUUUUGUCGGUGGUUUGGACACAAACCCUCGAAGUCUGUCGAACGGAAAAACGACGCUAUACUAUGCGAGCUCUCACAGUGAGGUGAUAUAUCACGUCGUGACAAUGAUACCUACGAAACCGUCAGAUCCGCAGCAAAUUGACAAGAAACGGCAUGUGGGUAAUGACUACGUGCACAUCGUCUGGAGCGAUAAUGCUAAUCAGAGCUACGAUCCGUCUACCAUUACAAGCCACUUCAAUGACGUACAAAUUGUGAUAUAUCCCCUUCGCAAGACGCAACGUGGCUUGUUCCUGAUCAAGAUCCAUGCCAAGGAUAAGGUGCCGCCUUUUGGACCCCUACAGUCUGGCAUGGUAAUUCACCAGGCCGAUCUUGCUCAACUUGUGCGCCAGACAGCUAUGAAUGCAAAUCGGGUGUGUCGAUCUCAGACCAUGUUGUACGUGCGGCCAUACCCUACGCGAAAAAAGCUGGUGGACGAAAUCGUCGAACGAUACGCAAUGGAGUACAUGGAGAGUCAACUGCUUACAAUGCUGCUCGGUAACUCCACAUUGAAUUCUGCUUCAGUGCCGACUUUAUCGGCUGAUGCUGAAGGAGUCUAG